CGCCCUCACUCUGACAGGACGUGCGCGCCCCCGCUUCCUCCUCCUAUCUCUCCCUUGCCCGUGUAUCCGGAGCGCGCAAUGCGCAGGCUCAGUACCCUGGUGAAGAUGGCGGCCGAUAAACAGAAGCAUCAUGAUGGCAGGAUGAAGAUCGGCCACUAUAUCCUGGGGGACACGCUGGGGGUGGGCACCUUCGGCAAAGUGAAGGUUGGUAAACACGAAUUAACGGGCCACAAAGUGGCUGUGAAGAUCCUGAACCGACAGAAGAUCCGAAGCCUCGAUGUGGUGGGAAAGAUUCGCCGGGAGAUUCAGAAUCUCAAACUUUUUAGACACCCUCAUAUAAUUAAGUUGUAUCAGGUGAUCAGUACACCAACAGAUAUAUUUAUGGUGAUGGAAUAUGUUUCAGGCGGGGAACUCUUUGACUAUAUAUGUAAGAAUGGGAAGUUGGAUGAGAAGGAAUCUCGGCGGUUGUUCCAGCAAAUUCUUUCUGGGGUUGAUUACUGUCACAGGCACAUGGUGGUGCACAGAGACCUGAAGCCUGAGAAUGUUCUUCUAGAUGCUCAUAUGAAUGCCAAGAUUGCAGAUUUUGGCCUUUCCAACAUGAUGGCUGAUGGAGAAUUUUUAAGGACGAGCUGUGGGUCUCCCAAUUACGCUGCACCAGAAGUUAUUUCAGGAAGGCUCUAUGCUGGCCCAGAAGUAGACAUAUGGAGCAGCGGAGUCAUUCUCUAUGCCUUGCUAUGUGGGACUCUUCCAUUUGAUGAUGACCAUGUGCCAACCCUGUUCAAGAAGAUCUGUGAUGGCAUCUUCUACACCCCACAAUAUCUAAACCCCCCUGUGACUAGCCUUCUCAAGCACAUGCUCCAAGUGGAUCCCAUGAAAAGGGCUACCAUAAAGGACAUUAGGGAUCAUGAAUGGUUUAAACUGGACCUCCCGAAGUAUCUGUUCCCAGAGGACCAAACCUGCAGUUCAAACCUGAUCGAUGACGAAGCCUUAAAGGAAGUGUGUGAGAAGUGUGAGUGUACGGAGGAGGAGGUCCUCAGCUGCCUGUACAGCCGCAAUCACCAGGACCCAUUGGCUGUAGCUUAUCACCUGAUCAUAGAUAACCGACGAAUUAUGAACGAGGCCAAAGAUUUCUAUUUGGCCACAAGCCCGCCGGAUUCAUUUGUGGAAGAGCCUCAACCACCCCGGCCCCAUCCUGAGAGAGUGCCCUUCUUGGUUGCAGAGUACCCCCGCCAGAGACACACGCUUGAUGAGCUGAACCCACAAAAAUCUAAGCAUCAGGUCGGUGUGAGAAGAGCAAAAUGGCACCUAGGAAUUAGAAGUCAAAGCCGACCAAAUGACAUCAUGGCGGAGGUGUGCCGGGCCAUGAAACAGCUAGGCUAUGAGUGGAAGGUGGUGAAUCCAUACUACCUCCGCGUUAGGAGAAAAAAUCCAGUAACGAGCAUGUACACAAAAAUGAGUCUGCAGCUAUACCAAGUGGACAGCCGGACAUACCUGCUGGACUUCCGCAGUAUAGAUGAUGAUGUUUGCGAGGGCAAAUCUGAAAAUACCACACCAAGACGGUCGGGGUCUGUUGGCAGUGCCCGCCUGCCUCAGAAAAGUGACUCUGACACGGAAGCCCCAGCAAAGUCAUCUAAUGGUUCCGUCCCUUCUUCGCUGACCUCAUCCGCAGACUCCUCCAACACCGACAUGGUCCCUCGACCAGGAAGCCAUACUAUAGAGUUCUUUGAAAUGUGUGCAAAUUUAAUCAAAAUCCUGGCGCGAUAGGUCUCGGC